CUGCGCGUUUCCCGAAGGCGCUUGCUUUUGCGCCCUCGCCGCUUCUUCUAGACUGGAAAGUUUCCCGGGGAGCCCGAGGACAAAAUGUCUGCGUUCUUACAGGCCCUGCAGAAUAAACCUCAACCCAAGGCAGCGGCGGGGGCCCGAGUGGAGGAGGAGGAUUUGAGGAGAUGGGGUUUGACAGGGAUCCGUUUGCGCCCCUAUCAGCUGGCUGGAGUCAACUGGCUGAUUCAGCGUUUCCAGCUUCAGCAUGGCUGCCUUCUUGGUGAUGAAAUGGGCCUGGGUAAGACAUGCCAGACUAUUGCUCUUCUCAUUUACUUCACUGGAAGUUUAAAGAAGAAAGGACCAUUUCUGAUUCUUUGUCCCUUGUCUGUUCUGAGCAAUUGGAAGGAAGAGAUGGAGAGGUUCGCUCCUGGCCUUUCCUGCAAAGUGUACAUAGGGGACAAGGAGGAGAGAGCGCGUCUGCAGCAAGAACUGAAAAAGGACGCUUUCCAUGUGCUCCUGAGCACCUACGAGCUUUGCCUGAAAGAUGCAGCAUUUCUAAAAACUUUCUCUUGGAACAUUCUGGUUGUGGAUGAAGCCCACAGAUUGAAAAACCAGAGCUCGCUGCUGUACAGAACCCUUUCAGAGAUUUCCGUGGACUUCAGCCUCCUGUUGACGGGCACCCCUAUUCAAAACAACCUUCAGGAGCUCUACUCACUCCUGAGCUUUGUGGAACCCAGUCUCUUCACCAAGAAUCAGCUUGGAGACUUCAUUCAGUACUAUCAGAAUAUAGAGAAAGAAGCUGAUUCGGCCACUGAACUGCAUCAGCUCUUGCAGCCCUUUUUGCUGCGGCGAGUCAAGGCUGAAGUAGCUGCGGAGCUCCCCAAGAAAACUGAAGUGGUGCUCUACCAUGGCAUGACGGCCCUGCAGAAGAAGUACUACAAGGCCAUUCUGAUGAAGGAUCUAGAUGCAUUUGAAAAUGAAGUGGCCAAAAAAGUGAAGCUUCAGAAUAUCCUAUCACAGCUCAGGAAGUGUGUAGGCCACCCUUAUCUGUUUGAAGGUGUGGAGCCGGAGCCCUUUGAAAUUGGAGACCAUCUAAUUGAGGCCAGUGGGAAGCUCCUUCUGCUGGAUAAACUGCUGUCAUUCUUGUACACCAGAGAUCACCGAGUGCUGCUCUUCUCCCAGAUGACCCACAUGCUGGAUAUUCUUCAAGACUACUUGGAUUACCGAGGCUACAGCUAUGAGCGUUUGGAUGGGUCAGUGAGAGGAGAAGAAAGAUUCCUUGCAAUUAAAAACUUUGGACAGCAGCCCAUCUUUGUUUUUCUCUUGAGCACCAAGGCAGGUGGAAUAGGCAUGAAUUUGACUGCUGCGGAUACAGUUAUUUUUGUUGACAGCGAUUUUAAUCCCCAAAAUGACUUGCAAGCGAUUGCCAGGGCUCACCGAAUUGGCCAGAAGAAGUCUGUGAAGGUUAUUCGGCUUAUUGGCCGAGACACGGUGGAAGAAAUCAUCUACAGGAAAGCGAUGUCCAAGCUGCGGCUCACUAAUGCCGUCAUAGAGGGUGGUCACUUAACUCUGGGAGUACAGAAGUCCUCAGCAGCCUCUGAGCUUCAGUUGAGUGAGAUCCUCAAGUUUGGCUUGGACAAGCUGUUCUCCUCAGAGGGAAGCACUUUGGAGGAGCUGGAUCUGGAGACCAUCCUGGGCCAGAGCAAGGACGGCAGGUGGAUCGUUGACGCCGUUCUUCCUUCAGAAGAGGAAAGCCAAGAGGUAGAGGGUGAAGGUCAUAUGUAUUUUUAUGAAGGUAAAGAUUAUUCUAAAGAGCCUAGUAAAGAAGACAGGAAAUCAUUUGAGCAACUUGUGCAUCUUCAGAAAAACCUUUUGGAUGAGAUCAAUCAAGAGGGAAGGGCACUCCGAAAUAAAGGAAGUGUUCUCAUUCCAGGCCUUUUGGAAGGGCCUACCAAAAGGAAACGCAUCCUGAGCCAGGAAGAACUAGAAGAGAGACGGAAGAAAAGACAAGAGGCAGCAGCCAAGAGAGCAAGGUUGAUGGAAGAGAAAAGAAAAAAAAAGGAAGAGGCCCAGGAUAAGAAAAAGAUGGCAUGGUGGGAGUCAAACGAUUACCAAUCACUCUGCCUGCCCUCUGAGGAAAGUGAAACAGAUGAAGUUGAGGAAGGAAAUGAUGAGAGCGACGUUGAAUUCAGUUAUGAAGAUCAAGAUCAGAUUUCGAUCAAUUAUGUUGUUGGGGAUGUCACUCACCCCCGGGCAGGAACAGAGGACGCCAUCAUUGUUCACUGUGUUGAUGAUUCUGGACGCUGGGGCAGAGGUGGUUUAUUUACAGCCUUAAAAGUCCGAUCAUCUAAACCAAGAAGAAUGUAUGAACUGGCAGGAAAGAUGAAGGAUCUGCAUCUGGGAGGAGUCCUUUUAUUCUCCAUCGAUGACAAGGAGUGUCGAAAGAUAGGACAGGACUCGUUGGCUUUGAUUGUGGCUCAGCAGCGGGAUCUCUCCAGUGGCUUGUCGGGUAUCAAGAUGGCGGCCCUAGAGAAGGGUUUGAAAAAGAUCGCUUUGGUUGCAAGGAAAAAGAAGGCGAGUGUCCAUCUUCCACGCAUCGGACAUGCUACCAGAGGGUUUGACUGGUACUGUACAGAGCGCCUCAUAAGGAAACAUUUAGCAGCAAAAGGCAUCUCCACUACUAUAUAUUAUUUUCCUAGGAAUAAAGCCUUUUCUUCUUAUUCGCAACCAUCUACAUCAUCCACAGGUUCUAUGGUACCAUGACCGUUGCCUGAGCCCCAACAUCUUUCUGAAAAAAACAAAAAACAAAACAAAAAAAACAAACAAACAGUAAGACAAGCUACAACCUAUCCAGAGCUGCUGAAGAAUAUUUCCAGAAGUCAAAAAUAGUUGGACAGCUGAAAUAUUUUAUUUUUACAAAUUCUAAAUUGUUUUUAUUCUGACUUUGUUUUUGUAACGUAGAAGUACACAAGCUAUUAGGGAAAACCAUGUUGCCAAUUUGCUAGGGACCCAUAUUCAGUACUUCAUUUCCAUAAACAUUUGCAUUCAGUAAUAGUUUUGCUACUUUAAAGUUGCCCUUAUUUUCCCCUCUUUUCUGGCUGUUUUCUCAUCCAUUGCUAUAAUUUCCUCAGAGACACAAAGAGAGAGAAAUAAGUUAUAAGAGAGGGAGAGAUAUUUAGAAUGCCAUUUUCAUGGCUUCCUUUCGCUCCUUGUCUGGAGCAUUGCACUUAGGUCCCUUCAGCACAGGUUGCCCGCUUUUACCUUUGCACUUAUUUCUACCUAGGCAGCAGUCAUCAAAUGUCCCCUGAGUGAUCAGGUUUCUGAAUACCCCAUAUGGUCCAUAUUCAUUGUAUUUUGUAAAUGAUGAGAUCUCCACAAGAGUCCUAACUUCCACUAAAAGAAGCAGACAGACCAAGGAAGGUGAUGCUCCUUUUAUAUGGAGUCUUAUGUUCUGUUCUGGGACUCGCUCUUUAGGAAAGACCUUAACAAGAAUUGUUAGGGUGGUGAGACCAUUGGAGACCAUCUAUAAUGGAUCAUUUGAACGAAGUGGGGAAUGUCUGCUCUUGGAGAAGAAGCUUCAAACUUGAUUUGCUUGGCCCUAGAGGGCAAAACCAGGGGUAGUAGUUGGAAGCCACAGAAACAGAUGAGACUUGUAACACAAACUUUCCCAAAGUGAAUCGACUGCCUCAGGAGGCUGUGGAAUUCUCCCUCACUGAAGGUCUUUAAAUUCUCUUUGACUACUUCCAAAGGAUGUUGUAGAGGGAUUCCUGUUUAGAUGGGGAUUGGACUCUGGUCUCUGGAGGUUCUUUCCAAAUCUUGAGAGUGUGUGAAAAACAGCUAGGGGUAUAGCCACAUAGGCAAAGAGGCAAAAUAAAAGGAGGUUGGCCAGCUCUGCCCCUACACUUUCCUGUGUUUCUCAGUCCGACCUUGAGACUUGCCAAAGGCCCAGAGAAUUUUGCAUGGUCAUAGUAACCAGUGGGAUAAUAGUAGAAAGAAAUAUAUGUGUAUUUCAACCUAAA